UUUACAAUUUCAAUCGAAGAAAUGUCAAAACAACAGCUCAAUGAAUGUCUGCAAAUCUUUUACGCUGCUGUUCGUCAAAAAGAUGGAAAAGAGUUCAAAGUAUCUUCCCUUCGCUCGAUCCGGGCAGCCAUUGAUCGCUAUUUGAGACAGCCACCCGUAAACAAGCCGUGGUCUAUUGUUGAAGACAAAGAAUUCCAUACUGCGAACAAAGUAUUAAAUGCCAUCUGCAAAAAGAAUGCAAAAGAGGGAAAAGUUGCCUCAGUUGCCCAUAAACAGGCAAUUACUAAAGAGCAAGUGCAGCAUCUCUAUCAAACAGGCCAACUUGGCGAAAGUGACACGACUGACCCCGCUCAACUGCAACGCACAGCUUGGUUUUACAUAACCUUGUAUUUUGGAAAACGAGGGAGAGAGAAUCAAAGGCAACUUACCAAAAGCAUGUUAAUCCUCAGAGAAACACCUCAAGGCCGACAAUAUUAUGAAUUCAGCAGGUUGUUGGCGAGCAAGAACCACCAAGGAGGCUGGAAUGACAACACUAACGAAUCAGACGGCAAAAUGUUUGAAGUUUUGGAUUCCGCACGCUGUCCGGUUAAAACAGUUGAAAACUACCUGAGGCAUCUAAAUCCUGAAUUGGAAAUUCUUUUUCAGCGUCCAAAAAUGCCCUGUGGGAAAUUCCAGCCAAAAAAUGAGCUUGUGUGGUACUGUAAUUCUCCCUUGGGUCAGAGUACGUUGGAGAACAUGAUGAAAGUCAUGUCGAAAGCAGCAGAGAUCACUCCCCACUUGACAAACCACUGCGUGCGAGCAACAUCAGUCACCGUUUUAGCCGACAAUAAUGUUGAAUUCAGGCAUAUUAAGGCAGUUACAGGUCAUAAGUCAACCACUUCAAUUGAGUCGUAUAACUCCAGGUCGUCUCUCCGACAAAAGGAAAACAUGUCAAACAUCAUUAGCCGCUUCGUCUCCGAAGAAGCUAACAACUCACAGCUAGCCAUAGAAUAUCCAAGCUCCACAUCAAGAGAAAUUGUCGGUUAAACCUCGAUGAAUUCAGGGAGAAUUGCUCUAAGUCAACAGAUGGCGAAUAACUUCUAGCUUCAAGCUCCGCAAGCAUUCCAUUUUAAUAACUGCAACGUCUCGAUCACAAACAACAACUACACGCGUUGA